AUGCGAGAGUUCACAUUGGCUUUGAAGGAGUGGAUUGCUACUCCAACCGAAGCAAUCGACACAUUAUUUAUGCAGAUCGAUUCUUUUAUUGCCGGACAGUUGACAGAGAUCAGAAACUCCUUGGAAGCCUCCCGUCGUAGUCAUGGGACUGAGUUUGACAUACUACCAUAUAGCGCCUUGAAUGGUGUUUGCUCUCAGUACUGUUUGGAGCUGAUUCAGGAUGAGUUUGGUAGAAUCAAGGCUUAUGAUGGGGAUUGGAGUAGAUGCGGAUGUGUAGUUCAGAAUACACAUGGUAUUCCGUGUGCUUGUCACACCUUCUUCGCCGUGCAGAACGGGCGUCUCCUAUACUGUCAGGAGGUUGAUCCAUUUUGGUACAGACUAGCCAUUGGUGAUGGUACAGAUUCAGCUGAGAUAUUAUCUGAGCGCGAUCAGGACCGUCAGUUCUUCAUGUCAUUAGUGACCGAGGUACAGGCUAGGGAUCCCGCGAUCAUGAGGUCUGUUUCUCGGGUACUCCAACUUGAAUUGUACCCCGACCGUCGUUCAUUUGAGGAGCCAGAAGUUAAUGCGACGAGUAAAGGUCGGGGAAAGUUGAACAAGGGCUUGCGACGGAACAAAAGUGGGUUUGAGCACGUUAUGGGCAAGUCUACGAGUAGUGGCAAAUCUUCUGCGGCCACUGGAUGGAGAUUCGAUAUGGAACGUUUUCCAUACUUUCAUAGACUUCCACUGACCAUCCAAGAGCAUAUUGAAGGCUGGCUUGAUGUAGUUGCCGAUGGUAAUUGCGGUUUUCGAUGCGUAGCAGAUGCUUUUUGUUCGGGUCAAGACAAUUGGGACAUUGUACGUCGAACUACGGUGAGUGAAUUGCAUCAAAAUGGUCCUCUGUUUCAUUGGAUAUAUGGUGAUGAUCUGAAUGAGGCAAUUACGCGUAUUACAUGGGAAGGUGAACGUUGCGGGGAGGAACACUAUAUGGAGGUCCUUGCAGAUUUGUACCCCAUUGCGAACCAUUACAGAUGCACAAUCUUUUUUUUCGGUCUAAAUGGUCUUUUGAUAUGUCGGCUACAAUUCUUCCAGUUGAUGUUGGAGGUAGGAACGCUCUGCCACAAAGAGAGUUAG